AUGGGAAUAUCAGAAAAGCAGCCAGAGACGGAGAUGCGAGAGGAUGUUGAACGGAAUAAUGGGCCUGAUAUCUCAGAGAAGCAUGACAGCGAGUUGAGGUCUACUUCAAGCUCUGAGCCUGAUUUCUCUGAUAUCAACGAGAAGAAGGUGAUCAGGAAGAUGGACAUGCGUUUGAUCCCAGCACUAGCACUCCUCUAUCUGCUCUCAUUCUUGGAUAGGGGCAAUAUUGGAAAUGCGAAGAUCGAGGGAUUGGAUGUUGACUUGGGCCUUAAAGGAGGCCAGUUCAAUUGGUGCUGGUGUGAAUGCAAGAAGGAUAGACAUGCUAACUACUGUUUAGAUCUACCCUCGAUCAUGCUUGCAUGGGGUACCGUUGUGGAUUACAAAGGAUUGUUGAUUGCUCGGAUUUUCCUGGGUGUUGCCGAGGCCGGAUUAUACCCUGGGGUUGCAUACUAUAUCACUAUGUGGUAUUGCAGACACGAGGUGCAGCUUAGGCAGGCCAUGUUUUUCAGUGCUGCCAGCAUUGCAGGUGCUUUCUCUGGCCUGUUGGCAUUUGCUAUUGCAAAAAUGGACGGGGUGGGAGGGUAUCAAGGAUGGCGAUGGAUUUUUAUUCUGGAGGGCCUCCUGACCGUUGUUGUGGCAGCUGGCGCAUACUUCUUCCUUGAAGACUUCCCCGAAACAGCAUCGUUCCUAACUCCCAGGGAGCGGGAAUUUGUUAUUCACCGCCUCAAGUAUCAGGGGUCUAGCUUAUCGGGGAGGAGAGUAGUCCAGACGGAGGAGUUUAAAUGGAAGUACAUCAAGGAGGUAUUCACAGACUGGCAAGUCUAUGCAUCACUUUUCGUCAAUGCUAACCACAGGAACCCAGUUUGCGUGGGCAUCAUCUGUCCUCUGUAUGGAACCUCACUCUUCUUGCCGAGUAUCAUCAAAGACCUGGGGUAUAAGACCUCAACAGCGCAGCUCCUGACGGUGCCUAUAUACGUGACUGCGGCAACACUUGCCGUUGUAGUCGCCUUCUACUCUGACAGAAGUGGCAAGCGCUCACCCUUUGUCAUUGGGUGCAUGUGCUUGAUUGGCAUCGGUUUCAUCAUCUGUAUCUCUGCUGCAGGACGAGGUGUUCCAAGGGUAGUGUAUGCAGGUGUUUUCAUCGCCAUCUGCGGCAUUUAUCCUGCUUUUCCUGGCGCAGUAACAUGGCUAGCCAACAAUCUUGCUGGCAGCUACAAACGUUCUGCGGGCAUGGCAUUCCAGAUCGGAACAGGCAACAUGUCAGGAGCCAUGGCGUCCAACUUCUAUCGAGCGCCAGACGCACCCAAGUACACUCUUGGCCACGCCCUUGAACUUGGGUUCUUGGUUGCUGGAGUGAUAUCAGCCAUCUUCAUGCGUGAGGCCUACAAGCGGGUCAACGCUAAACGAGAGCGAGAGGGAACCCGGGGCCUGAGUGACCAGGAAUUGAGCGAGUUAGGCGAUAAAGCGCCUACAUUCCGCUACACUCUUUAA